UUAAUUGUUUUAGGUGCAGAUGCAAUAGCUGUAUUGCUAUGCAUACAGAGCGGGAAUCGGUAUGCUGCCGUGAUGUUGAACAAACAAACUUCAAACUGGAUGUGUUCAAUGAAGAAGGCCAUGACAUUGAAUGUAUAAUAGACCACCCCGGGUUUGGCACUGUUUGCCUGGACCGCUAUGUGCUAGAGACUGCAUACUACCAGUACAGACAGCAGUAUAGAGUGCCGCAACAGGAAGAUAAUGAGCAACAGAGAUAUGUGGCAUAUCGCCAGUUUGUCAGGUGGUGUUGGGGAUAUUUGGGAAGAGAGGUGCGUGUUGUACUUCCAUCAUGUGCAGUUCAAAGGAUUAGGGCACAGUUUCCAUCACAGCAGUAUCAGGGAUUUCAGGACUCAUAG